AAAUAGCAGUCACGUUGACAAUGUCAUCAAUGAAUGCAAUAUAAACACGAUAAAUAAUGAUUGCAAAAUUAUCGGCAUAACAUAAUAAGACAGAUGGCAUCGUUAAUUCUUCAAGCACUGAAACUAUACUGGAGGACAUUAUUUCUUCUCAUUUACCCAUUGGUACUCCUUCCUGUAUUUCUUGCCGAAAAUACCCCCGCCUUCAGGUGUCUCUAUGUCGUACUUCUAAUGGCAGGCUAUUGGGUCCUGGAAGUCUUACCCUUAGCAGUAACAGCACUCAUCCCAAUGGUUCUCUUUCCCCUAAUGGGCAUCUUGAGCACAAAAAAGACAUCGCUGGCUUACAUGAAAGAAACCAACAUGAUGUCUAUAGGUGGUCUCAUUAUAGCUAUUGCUGUGGAGCAGUGUAAUCUUCAUAAAAGAGUAGCUCUUCACGUAAUGAAAAUUGUGGGCUGUAGUCCGAGAAGAUUGAACGUCGGCUUAUGCUGUGUGACUAUGUUUGUCUCCAUGUGGAUAUCGAACACAGCCGCAGCUGCCAUGAUGAUACCCAUUAUGCAAGCUACCCUGACAUCUCUCGAGGAACAAGGCAUAAUAGCGGUGUAUGGGACAAACGCAGAUCGAGACCAGUUGUCUUAUCCUACGGAGGCGAACGCAGAAGAAAACGCAAACAGAAAACCGACCAAGAUCACAAUGUGUUACUUCAUUUCUACCGCUUACGCAGCGACGAUAGGAGGAAGUGGAUGUAUCAUCGGCUCUGGCAUGAAUUUGGCUUUCAAGGGUUUAUAUGAAACAAGAUUUCCUGAUAGCCCAGGUGUGGAGUUUUCCAGCUGGAUGUUACUCAAUCUGCCGAUAAUGUUAGUAACAAUGUUUUUCGUCAUCAUUUGGAUGCAGUUUCAUUUUUUGGGACUAUUUCGGCCAAAUUCUGACGAUGCAAAGAAAAUCAAAAUUGGACCAGAGGGACGGUUCAUUGCAAAAAGUAUCAUGGACCAACAAUUGCAUGAACUUGGUCGUAUGUCUUUCCAUGAAAUUUGCGUCGGGAUAUGUUUUGUUUUGGUCGUAUUAUUAUGGUUCUUCAAACGACCAGGUUUUAUGAAAGGAUGGACGGAGUACAUAACUGAUACGAAUACUGGGGAUGCUACAAUCGCCAUUUUGGUAGUACUCAUAUUGUUCUUAUGUCCAUCAAAAUCUGAAUUCAUUUACUCUCUCAGCAAGGACGAAUCAAAGAGACCAAAGUCUUCUUCUCCUUCCCUGAUUACUUGGAAAACUGUUAACCAGAAGAUGCCGUGGAGCUUGUUAUUCCUUCUAGGUGGCGGAUUUGCAAUGGCCGAUGGAUCGCAGGAGAGCGGCAUGAGUAAAAUGAUUGCGGAAUACCUGAGGAAUUUUGGUACUUUGGAUAAGCAUUACGUCAUGUUAGUUUCCUGUGCAACGAUAGGUCUUCUAACGCAGGUGUUUUCUAGUAACAUCGCCUGCGCGACCUUGGUUAUUCCUGUUAUGGCGGACUUGUCUGUGAUUUCGAAAAUACACCCAAUGUUUCUCAUGAUGUCUUCUGCCCUUUGUUGUGGUUAUGCUUAUUGCUUACCAGUUUCGACUCCACCAAAUGCCAUUGCUGUUGCUGCAUGUAAUAUGCCCACUUGGAAUGUCAUCAAAGUUGGCAGUGGAAUACUCGUGAUAAAUCUUGUUGUACUCUUCUCCAUCUAUCCAUUUUAUGGAAAUAUUAUUUGGGAUUUUGAUACUUACCCCGAGUGGGCAGUGUGAAACUGAUAAUUCCAUGACUUUGUCACAAAAGUAACUACCAAGGACUGAAACAAACAUAUCUAAUAUGUAAUAACACUAAUUUCUUUAUCUUUCAUGUAUUCGCAAUUGAAUGUAGAAUGUAAUCAUUUUAACAAG